AUGCGAGAGAUAGAAACCGUAGAAGACUUUGAUAAAUUAUGUCAGAGUACAGCAUCUGUGGACAAAAUUUUGGUUGUCGAUUUUUAUGCUGUAUGGUGUCGUCCAUGUUCUCGAGCAAGUCCACUUUACGAGAAACUCAGUUACCGUUAUCACUAUACUGAUGUGUAUUUUAUCAAAGUAAACGUGGAUGCGUGUGCUGAAUUGACCCACAGAGAGCUUAUAAGUUCUCUCCCGACGUUUAAGCUUUACAAGGAUGGCUCUUGUAUUCGCACUUUUACGGGUAACCUUGCUUUUCCCUCACCUAUUUCCUCCCCUAAAGGUGGUAACGUUGAUGCAUUGGAGAAAGCAAUUGAUGAAGCAUAUUUAGAUGAGUCUGUUAAAGAACUUUUAGCUAAUUCAUCAUCUCCUACGUUUCAAAAGGCCAAAGCAAAGCUCUUGAGUGUCGCUAACGUUGCUGCUGCAAAAGUUGCUGUUGGCAAAUCUUUUGAGAUAAACCUAUCUGAUCCGGUCUUCGAGAAGUACUUCUUAGUGACUCCUGGCUGCAUGCAAUUCCUAUUCAGCAUGGGAUUUCAGGUGCCCAUCGAGUUAACUGAAUCCCUCAUACUACCCUCAAUUUCCAGUCUUCGACAAAUCAACAAGUUAAUCCGACAACUUCGAGGUCCACCACCUCCUAGAAUCUCUCCUAAAGAAAAUACUCUCCUUUCAAAGCUGGAAGACUAUCGCCACGACGUUGCCCUGUACGCUAACCCCGCCUAUCAGGUAUUGGCCCGAAAAGCUGUUCCUCUGGAUAAUCUCCUGAAAGAGGCAGCGGAUCUAAGUAGAACCUCUCCCAAAAACGUCGGACCCUACAGUCUUCUACGGGCUUUGUUGCGCUGGUUCAAGGAAGACUUCUUUACCUGGACACAGAAUCAAGUCUGCGACAAUUGCGGCUCUGUCAUGGUCGCGAAGUCUGGCCAUCCCACUGAAGCUGAGUUUGCUGAGGGUUCAGCUCACUUUGUGGAGAUUUACACGUGUCCCACCUCCUCCUCACAUCCACAAAAGCGCUUUCCACGUUUCAAUAACCCUGCAAAGCUCUUGCAGACAAAGGAGGGGAGGUGUGGCGAGUGGGCUGCCUGCUUCUGCUUCAUUCUCGCCUCAUUAAGGAAGGCAAAUGGGGAUGGCAAGAAGGCCGAUGCUGACGAUGAUGCUGCCAAGGGACCACCAUGGUUUCCAGGAGUUCGAUGGCUAACCGACCUUGAAGAUCUCGCCCACGAAAGAGCUGCUUCGAGCAAAGAAGGUCGUUGGGUUCAUGUUGAUCCCUGUGAGGGUCUAGUUGACGUCCCACUGGUCUAUGAACAGGGAUGGAAGAAGAAUCUUUCCUAUAUGUUCGCGUUUACAGUUCCACCUCCUACCGAAGACGCCUUACUUCGCUACGAAGGUGUGGAUGUUGCAGACGUGGUUUGGAAGUAUUCCACCGAUUUCAAGGCCGUCUGUCGACGUCGGCAAAGUGUCUCCGAAAACUGUCUGGCGCGCUAUCUCGCCCAAGUUCAUGACGAAGCUGCUCAAGCCAUUCCAGACUACGAAAAUGCGCCUUUUGGCCUCUCUACAACAGUCCAGGAACUCGCUGUCAUGAUGGUUCCUCCCAGACCCUCACUUGAGUCGCUUCAAGGCCGAAAGUCGGGAUCGGAAUCAUGGAGACGUUCUCGUCUUGAAUUUGGCAUAGCUCCACUUCCGUGGGAGGGCUCGGGCUUUGUGAUCAACCCAACACCGGCCGAACUGUCGCAAAGUUGUAUCUACAUUCGUUACAGUUGUUCCCUUGAUGCCUAUGCGAGACCCUAUCAUAAGGAGGCUCCAGCGACAACUAAUGACGACAGUGAGGUGUCUUCGCAGCGAUCCAAUGAGGGACCGAAGUACCUUAAGGAGGUUUAUAAACAGGGCUGGACGUCCAUGGCUCUGCGAUGGCGAAACAUCGCGCGAAAGGUUGAGAAGGAUUGGAAAAUGGUUUACUUGGCUCGCAAAGCGGGCUGUCAGAGCUACGAAGACGGGGUGAUCGAGUGGCUUAUUGACCUGUCUGACACAGAGUAUUCUGUGAAAGCGGUAACACUGUUUGCCACCAUGGCAAUUUUUGAAGAGCGCUCCAAAGUGACGUUAGACGUGACAACUGACAUAUCGAAGAGUCGCUCUCUUUCUGUGGGCUCAGCGCCAUUUUCCGCGUGCGCGGAUUUCGCGGGCGCUAAGCAGGUGCGGCUGACUGCACGCUUAUGGAAUGAGUUGGAGAAUACCGAUCCCUCGGUGUGGCAGAAAUCGCAGAUCUUUCGUCAGAAGGAAACCGAUCACGAUACAUGGCCUUUGGAGUUCAAGGUCUCAUUGCAAAAAGAUGAGAAAAAGGACAAAAAAUGA